GCAAGUUCGGUAAUACUAGAGUACUACUACACAGCGAUCACAAAUCAGCCUCCUCUGUCCAGCAACGCGGCAAGAGCAACAAGGAGAAGAGAUGGCUGGUCCGACCAAGACAUCGUGGAUGAUGGCGAUGAGUGUCGGCGCCGUGGAGGCGCUCAAGGACCAGGCCGGGCUCUGCCGCUGGAACUACGCUCUCAGGUCCAUCCACCGGACAGCCAAGUCCAAGGCUAAUAACGUCCAUGGCGGCGUCUCGCAGGGCGCGAAGCAACUUCCGGCUUCUGCGGCAUCGGUGCCGGAGAGGCGACCAGCACACGACGAGGAGGGGUUGAGGACGGUGAUGUAUCUCAGUUGUUGGGGGCCAAAUUAA